ACGAUUUCAUUGGAUCGAUAAGCAGUUUUCUUCCUCACUAGUUCUAGCCUCUCCUACCGUUUAAUUGGCAUUUGGCAACUGUUUAUCAGCUUUCUGCCUUGUGUUUCGACUUUUUAGUACUAGUACUUAUUCUCAUUAACCUGGUGUAAAGAAUCAGACAGAGCUCAGUUUUGAAGUACGUAAAUAAUCCAACCUUGGCAAAUCCGUCGUUGACGAUCGAGCGGCUUGUUUGGCCUUAGAGGAUACCGACCCAGAUGUCGGCAAAUGUUGUGCCUCUCGAGUGGGAUUCUCUGCCCAAUGCUGAAAUCAAAGCCUCUCUGUUUUGUUUGGUUUUCCGGAAUCGCUUUUGCGAUACUUCCAGCAAUUGGCGAGUGUGGUGGGACGAUGGAACCACGCAACAUAGUCGGAUCAUUUUUUUUCAAUCGUACCGCCGUCGCACUGGGCGGCACCGUCAUUUUCGUCUGCAAUGCGACAAAAAGCGGCGGCGUGCAGUGGCUGCAUCAGGAAAAGCGCAUUGAUUCCCAAAAAAAUGAUUCCGUUGUCGGUGCUAAACGGCACUGGCGUGUCAGUUCUCCGGUUAACCACACCGGACCGCACACGUUGACGAUUACCAAUGUGCAACUGGAGGAUGCCGGCAGAAUCCAGUGUGUGGCCGAUCCUGUGAAGCCCGGCGCGAGAAAAACUACCGUUUGGGCAUUGCUAGUUAUCGGUACCAAGAUCAACGGGAAAGCAGUUUCACCGGCAAACGCGCGAAUUACUGCGGGAAAUAAAGUCGAUUUGACGUGCUUCUUCAAAGGCGAACAACCUUUGCCAUCCCUAACAUGGUACCGCAACUCUGUCGCAAUGGAUGAAACUUACUGUAACCUUCAGCCAUCAUACUCAAAUAACAGCUGUGAGGUGACGAAGGUAAACAAUGCAAUUACUCUGCGGUUUGUAGCUACGAGAGGUCUUGGUGGGGCUAAUUUCACCUGCAAACCUCGGGGAGACGACAGGAAAGGGCCGGGAAGCGUCGUCGGCGCCGUUGCACUACCAUCCUUUCAGUUGAUUGUUGAAGGUAAUCGUUCCGCAAGUGAACCAUGGCCCGGAGUCGAAACGAGUGUCAAACGGGCAAUCACAUCGGCGCGUCCAUUUACUCGGAAACCAUCGCCAACAGCUGUCAAAGCGACGGAUGCAUCUGCAGGGUACAGGUUCAUGACGGCAACAACCGAUGAUGUGAAAACGUCCCCCACACCACGGCGAUCCCCACUCAUUCCGGAUUGGGUUUUAGCGGCCAUCGCCACCAUAUUCGUGGGGAUCGCGCUGUUCUCUGUGUCCCUUCUGAUCGUGAUUGUGCUAAAGAAAAAGUGCCCUAACUGGGAAAGGCGACAUCGCAGAAAUCAAGGCUCACUGUCAUCGCCGUCUUCGAUUAAUCCUACCGGGGUCCAAGUGAUGAACAACGUGCACACCCCGCUGCCGUGCCGGUCGUCGGUGUCAUCCGCUGCCUUCCUCUUGACUGACACGCCGGCCUCGAAACAGUCAAUGGCUCCUUUCAUAUCCGAAGGGACAGGAACUACUCGCGCCUACAAGAAGCACGGUGCGGAAAGCGUCAGCUAUUUUGUCUAGUUGGCUUAUUUGCACUGUAAGCAAAAAAUAGCGCCAGUGUCGAAAGUAGCCGAUUUUAAUUUGUCUCGCAUCGGCGUGUGGUUUUCGCUUUGUCUGAUUGUCAUAACCAGUCUUCUGUUUU